AUGGAUGAAAAUCAGACAGAAGGUGUGAAAGAAUUUUUCCUGGCAGGUUUCUCACACACAUCAUCUAUUGAAGCAGGAUUAUUUGUAUUAUGUCUUUUCCUCUAUGUGUCCACUUGGGUAGGCAAUGUCCUCAUCAUGGUAACAGUGGCUUCUGAUAGGUACCUAAAUUCAUCACCUAUGUAUUUCCUUCUUGGCAACCUGUCAUUCCUGGACCUAUGCUACUCAAAUAUAACUACCCCCAAGCUUCUGGUUGAUUUCCUUCAUGAUGAAAAGAUCAUUCCUUAUGACCAAUGCAUUGUGCAGCUCUUCUUUCUGCAUUUUGUGGGGGCUGCUGAAAUGUUCCUGCUCACAGUGAUGGCCUAUGAUCGGUAUGUUGCAAUCUGUCGUCCACUGUACUACACCACUGUCAUGAGCCGGGAACUAUGCUGUCUGUUUGUAGUUGCUUCAUGGGUGGGAGGAUUUGUGCACUCCAUUGUCCAGACUAUUCUUACUAUCCAUCUGCCCUUUUGUGGACCAAACCAGGUGGACAAUUUCUUUUGUGAUGUUCCCCUUAUCAUCAAACUUGCCUGCGCAGACACCUUUGUCAUUGAAUUGCUAAUGGUGUCUAACAGUGGGUUGAUAUCUACCAGCUCCUUUGUGGUGCUGCUUGCUUCCUACACUACUAUCUUAGUUAAGAUUCACUCCAAGGAGGGAAGGAGAAAAGCACUUUCCACUUGUGCUUCUCACCUCAUGGUGGUGACACUCUUUUUUGGACCCUGCAUUUUCAUCUAUGCUCGUCCCUUCUCCACUUUCUCUGCAGACAAGCUGGUGUCUGUACUCUACAAUGUCAUCACCCCCAUGCUAAACCCCCUGAUCUACACACUUCGGAACAGAGAGGUCAAGUCAGCCAUGCGGAAGCUGUGGGACAGACGUGGGCUUGGGAAGAAACAGGAUAUGAGGCAGGGAAGUUUCUGA